CGCGGGCGAGCCGCGACGUGGCGAUGCGGCGGGCGGCGGCGCUGCUGGCGCUGCUGGCGGUGGCGGCGGGGGCCGAGCUGCGGGGCUUGGCCCGGGGCAAGGUGGAGACCUGCGGCGGGUGACGGCUGAACCGCCUGCGGGAGGUGAAGGCCUUCGUCACCCAGGACAUCCCCCUCUACCAUAACCUGGAGAUGAAGCACCUGCCUGGCGCCGACCCCGAGCUUGUACUCCUCAGCCACAGAUACGAGGAGCUGGAGAGAAUCCCCCUGAGUGACAUGACCCGGGAGGAGAUCAACCAGCUGGUGCAGGAUCUGGGCUUCUACCGCAAGGAGACGCCUGAUGCCCCUGUUCCUGAGGAGUUCCGGUUUGCCCCUGCUAAGCCUCUGCCCACCCUGCAGCCCCCCAAAGCUCCUGCAACUGACAGCAAGACCCCAUCUGAACGUGAUAACAAAGAACAUCCAGACCUCUAGUGAGCAGUGCAAAGAGUGGGUAGAAGUGGUAGAAGGUCCUGCAGCCUUAGUGAGUGAGGAUGAGGGUGUUGGAACAGCUGCCUCUUCCUAUGCAGCUGGGAACAGAUCCAUGGGGUGACAAGGGUUUGACCACGAUGCAGAGAAAUCUUUCCAGCACCCCCCACUGCUGCUCAGUGUUCCAUAGCCUCUUCCCCGAGGAUGCCCUGAGCAGCUCUAGACUUGAGCAGAGGCUGCCUGUGCACUGAUGACAUCCAAGUGAGCUAUAUCUGCCAGUUAUUGCCUUUAUCAUGCCCUGAGGUUUAGUCAACUCCUGGUGCUGGACAGCGAUAUCCUACCUGCACAGGACAGGAUGAAACCCUCAGCAGAAAGCCCCGGGUGCUGAGAGUAGAUGUGCUGAGUCCUGGAGGUGGGAAAGCUGCCUCCUAGGAGGGUAUGGCUUCACACCACCAGCAGGGUUGCCUCAUAUUGAGCACACAGUAAAACUUUUGCUUACAAUCA